AUGAGAAAUAACAGCUAGUAAAAGGAGAAUACUUAAUAAUUAAAGGAAGUAAUUAAAUAAAUUUUAUUUUAAGACAAUUCAUAAAUUACAAUAGAAAGAGGUUACAUAGAGAUUUGAAAUAGCAAAAUUAAAAAAAUUAUUAGUUGAAAGAAAUUAAGAAUAUAAGUUAGUAUCUGAUUAAUUGUAAGAACUAAAAAGAAUUUAACAAAGAGUAAUCAAAAUAAUAUUAUUGAUAGGAUAAUCAAUAUAUAUUAAAAAUAGACAACUAUGUUGCUAAUUUGAAAAAGAAAUUGUAAAAAGCAAAUAUUAAAAUUGAAUCACUUGAAUCAAAGUUUUGCUCAUCUAGAGUUAAAUAAAAUAUAAUUAAUGAUGAUUCAUUUAAUGGAAAUGAUUCUUUUCAAACAGAACAUACUACAAUUUCAACUAAAUUACCUAUCCCUAAAUAAUCAUCUAAUCGUUCAAAUUAACCUUAUUCUGUUAAUAAACCAAAAUUAAUUUGUAAACCUAUAAAAGUUUAAUUACCCUAUCCAAAUACUAGUUUUACAGAAAAUUAAGAAAUAUUAGAAAAUAACUCUAUCAUUAAACCAAAUGCAUUAUAAGAAUAAAUUCUUAACAGAAUACUAGAUGAUGAAGAAUUUAUUAAUAGUUUUACAAAUUAAUAUGGUUAAAUGUAAACAGAUUUAUUCUCUUAUUAUAAAAAUCAGACUCAACCUCUUAGUUUUGCAUCUAAUUCAAGAUAAAGUAAUUUCAGUUUUGCAAAUAGUGAAAAAAAGUAUAAUGGGAAUGAUAAAUAAUAGUAGAAAUAAUCAAAUAAAUAAUGUAUAUAUAUUUAUUUAAUAUUUUUAGAUCACUCUAUGUCUAUUGAUGAAAAAGAAAACAAUAAAAAAUAUUUUAAUUGA